CCCCAACCCGCAAAACCAAAUAAAUCCCAGCGAGGUUUCACAAAACUCGCUCCUUUGAACUGAAGUAGCGAUGAUGGCGAUCCUCAGAGCCGCACCUCCGCCUCCUCUCCAGCUCCGCUUCUUCGCUCGCCGCUUCUUCUCAUCUUCUCCUCGCUCUCUCCUUCGUGCUCGCUCUCACACCAUGCUCUCCUUCUCGCCCCGCUCCCGCUCUCGCCUCUUCUUCAGUCCCAGAGUUUUGGGAGGUCGCUGCUCUCUUACUAAUGGUGGUGGUGGUGGUGGUGGAGCAAGAGCAUUCAUGUCGUCGGGCUUGGCUGCUGAAGUCCUUAAGGAAAAGGCGGGCUCGGAAAGUUAUGGUUCUGAGCAGAUUCAGGUGUUGGAAGGGCUAGAUCCUGUCAGGAAGAGACCUGGAAUGUAUAUUGGUAGCACAGGACCUCGUGGUUUGCAUCACCUGGUGUAUGAAAUUCUGGAUAAUGCUGUUGAUGAAGCGCAAGCAGGCUAUGCCUCAAGAAUUGAUGUAGUUCUUCUGGAGGAUAAUUCUGUUAGCAUUACUGAUAAUGGACGGGGGAUCCCUAUAGAUUUACAUCCAGUUACCAAGAAGUCCUCUUUGGAAACUGUGUUAACGGUACUACACGCAGGAGGAAAGUUUGGAGGUGCAAGCAGUGGCUAUAGUGUUUCUGGAGGGCUCCAUGGUGUUGGCUUAUCUGUUGUUAAUGCUCUAUCAGAGGCACUGGAAGUUACAGUGUGGAGAGAUGGAAAGGAGUAUCAACAAAGCUAUUCUCGUGGAAAGCCUGUGACGACUCUCACAUGCCAAUUGUUGCCACCUGAAUUAUGUUCUCGUCAGGGAACAUGCAUCCAUUUUUGGCCUGAUAAAGAGGUAUUCACAACUUCCAUCUCAUUUGACUUCAACACAAUAGCUGGACGAAUUAGGGAACUUGCUUUCUUGAACCCUGAGCUUACAAUUACUCUGAAGAAGGAAGAAGGAGACUCAAAAACUUUAUAUAAUGAACAUUGUUAUGCUGGCGGCUUAGUUGAGUAUGUGAAAUGGUUGAAUACUGACAAGAAACCACUCCAUGACAUUCUAGCUUUCAGAAAGGAGGCUGAUGGAAUCACUGUUGAUGUUGCUCUUCAGUGGUGUUCAGAUGCAUAUACGGAUACGAUAUUGGGAUAUGCUAAUAGCAUUCGAACAAUUGAUGGCGGUACUCACAUAGAUGGGCUGAAGGCUUCAUUGACAAGAACCAUUAAUAACCUUGGGAAGAAGUCAAAAGUUAUCAAGGAGAAGGAUAUAAAUCUGAGUGGUGAGCAUGUAAGGGAAGGUUUAACAUGUAUUGUCUCCGUCAAAGUUCCAAACCCAGAAUUUGAAGGGCAAACAAAGACAAGGUUGGGUAAUCCAGAGGUCAGAAGAGUAGUUGAACAGUGUGUUCAAGAGCAUGUCACUGAGUACUUGGAGCUUCAUCCGGAUGCUCUAGAUUUAGUCCUUUCCAAGUCCCUUAAUGCUCUUAAGGCUGCAAUGGCGGCAAAGAGAGCUAGAGAAUUGGUUAGAACAAAGAGUGUUCUUAGAUCUUCUUCUCUACCAGGAAAAUUAGCUGAUUGUUCAGCAACAAAUCCUGAAGAAUGUGAAAUCUUUAUAGUUGAAGGUGAUUCAGCUGGUGGUAGUGCAAAGCAAGGUCGUGAUAGGAGGUUUCAGGCUAUUUUACCCUUGAGAGGCAAGAUUCUAAACAUUGAAAGGAAGGAUGAAGCAGCCAUGUACAAGAAUGAAGAAAUUCAGAAUCUUAUUCUUGGUCUUGGACUUGGAGUGAAGGGGGAGGAUUUUAAAAAGGAAGCACUUCGAUAUCAUAAGAUCAUCAUUUUAACAGAUGCCGAUGUGGACGGUGCUCAUAUCCGCACUCUUUUACUAACUUUUUUCUAUCGAUACCAGAAAGCCUUAUUUGACGAAGGUUGUAUAUAUGUCGGUGUUCCCCCACUCUACAAGGUCGAUCGUGGCAAGCACGCGCACUAUUGUUACGAUGAAGCAGAGCUCAAACAUCUCUUGGAUUCUUUUCCUUCGAAUGCCUCCUUCAAUAUUCAGAGGUUCAAAGGAUUAGGAGAGAUGAUGCCGGCACAACUGUGGGAAACAACAUUGGACCCGGAGAGAAGGUUACUAAAACAGCUAGUUGUGGAAGAUGCUGCAGAAGCAAAUGUCGUAUUCUCUUCUCUUAUGGGCACUCGGGUUGAUGUCAGGAAGGAAUUGAUUCGGAACUCUGCAAACAUGAUUAACCUUGAGCAUCUUGAUAUAUAACUGUACUUUCACGGAGCUAACUAGAAAUUCGGUGCUUGUUUUUGACUAACUUCGACUCGACCCUACCUACUAAUACAUUUAAAACACUUCAGAAUGCGGUCUUAUCGGUAAAAAUAUACUUUCAAAGUUACUUGGUAAUUAAAAGCAUCCAGUGAUUGAUAUCAAGUUAUCGAUGACGAUGAAUGGAUUGCAGAAGCAAUACAAGUUGAUCUCAAAACUGUAAACCCUAGGCUUCUCAUAUGCCGAUUUCUUGGUUAUUUAUUUACUUAUUUUAUGUGACUCCAUUGCUUGUCUUAUGUAUAUGUUUAAAAAUCUUGUUUGGAAUGCAUACAAAAUAUUUUCCAGUGGAGGGAUUUUUAUUGAUUACCUUA